CUGCAAGACGAGGCAUAGUCAAACCUGAUGUGAUCAAAAGAAGGUCAUGGUGCGCCGCUGCCGAUAGAGCCAUUUCAACAAUGGGAUCCGAAGACCUGGUCGACGGCGAAGGCUGGAUCUCCGACGACAGCAGCUUCUAUGGCGAUACCGAUAUCCAGGCAGAAUGCGAAGAACAGAAGCAGCGCAGCCUGAAUAUUGCCUGCCAGCUCCCGAUGCGUGCUGUCACCUCGAAACGGACCAAGGCUAUUUCUCAAGAGACGGGGGUCGUCGCAGCGAGUACGCCUGAUCGGAUUCUGGUGUCCGAUCGCUGGCUGGGACGUGAGAACGCAUGGCAGCGUGACGAGUCCGUCGAUGCCUUCCUUGUCAGGAAACCGCCCGUCAAUCCUCUCACUACAACAGACGAUGGCUGGCUAUGGGUCGGUAGCCCAACUCUGCCGAUCUCUCAGGUCCGUGACGACAAAAGUCCCGAUCUUAUCUCCUUGCAGCAACGCGGCUCUGCUCUUCUGGAAGCAUUCAAGCGGAAGUCCGAACUGGAAGUACGGCCGCCAAACUCGAGCCAUUUAGAGCGAGAUCUGCGUGCUCUAGCAAUCGGGACAGGCGUCACAUACGGCAAAUGGAUGUUGUUUCCCGGUGUCGCAAACCUGGAGCAGUAUUGGUGUACUGUCGCUACUGCGACAGUAGAGGGCAGGCUUGGUCCGACCUCCAAAUCCGCCGUGCUGAAUCCUGGGAACUCAGAUACCUUAAUCUGCGUCUACACCUACGAUUUCUCCGACCGAGAUGACGUCGAGCGAGUGCUAAAGGCGCUGGUAGAUGUCGGUCUUUGCUCAGCCGAAGGGAAGCCCAUCUAUUACAAAUGUGAUGCUUAUACUUAUCUUGGAAUUACCUCCAAGAACGAAUACAAGCUUCGCGCGAGCCUCUAUUCGAGCAGGGACAUCUUGUGUAACAAGAAGGCAGCCCGCGUCUCGUGAAGUCCUGAGGCGAGUAUGGAUUUUUCUUGAAAAUGUUGCAGGAUACAGGACUCACUGAAUUCCCAAAUGGAACCUGCGAGAAUAUCAGGCAACGUCUCUUUCGGAAGUGUGUUGAUGCGAGUGACAAAGCCGACGGCUUAGAGGGUGGGAAUCGACGAGCAUCAUCAAGUCAAGGUCGUUGACCGCCAAGCACCAUUUCUGCAGGUGUUUCAGCUGAAACCUUGCGACCAAGUUAGCGACAGCGCCGAUUGACGGAUGAAGCGCUUAUCAGAUUUUGUUGGACGAGGAUUCCUUGCGUGAAUAAGCUACGCACUACUUCGACCAAACACCUGGGCCGCAGAGAAUGAGUCGAGAUCCGUGUCUCGUGGAGUGAGUAUUCGGAGUCUCUGCCGACGCUCGUAUUUAACGCUGAGGCAGGCAGGCUCUCACAGGUAUCAGCCAGAAGUGGAGCAAUUUUGACGACCCGGGGACGUGGUAGCUCCCUACUGUAUCUUAUUGCAUUCAUGCCAUUUUCCCGGAUCUGGAGCGACC